AAACCAUAGAUCUGGCAGCACUGGUCGGUAGUAUCAUUGUUUUGGUAAAUCGCAUUUAAUUUACAAUCAGAAGAUAUUUCUGACCCCAAACUCGAAACUCGCGUAAAAUUCUAUCCCUCUACAUGGAUCCCAGCGCGAGCGCAGUCGACAAGUUGGCCUCAAAGACGGCCAGCAGCAACUCGCUGGACAGCAGCUCGAAGUCCAGCUCCCUGGGCUCCAAGCACGGAGGCGGAGAGAAUGGAAUAUUGCGCGACACGCCCUUUAAUUACUUGGACGGCGAAGAGGACCAAGACCAGAAAAACGAUGUCACUCAUGUCUGUCCCUACCGCGGGCCGGUCUUUGGGGCCCUGACCAUAACCAACUACCGCCUGUACUUCCGGUCGCUUCCGCUGCGCGACCAGGAGCCCCCCGUAAUCGUAGAUGUUCCUCUGGGUGUGAUAGCAAGGGUGGAGAAAAUCGGAGGCGCCACGUCAAGGGGCGAGAACUCCUAUGGCAUUGAAAUUUUCUGCAAGGAUAUGCGAAACCUGCGCUUCGCCCACAAGCAGCAGAACCACUCGCGGAGGACUGUGUUUGAGAAGCUGCAGGCUAAUGCUUUUCCACUGUCCUACAGCGGCCGCCUCUUCGCAUUUGCGCACGCAGCGGCCAAUGCUGUUAAUGGAAACGGUGGCUGGGACGGCUGGGCAGUGUACGAGCCGUUGGCUGAGCUGCGGCGCCUGGGUGUGCCGAAUGAUAUGUGGCGGGCAACCAAGAUAAACGAAUCGUACGCAGUUUGUGACAGCUAUCCGGCAGUGUGGGCUGUGCCCAAAGCUGCCUCAGAUGAUUUCCUUCGUCGAGUGGCUCAGUUCCGAUCGAGAUGUCGUUUACCAGUGCUGUCAUGGAUGAAUCCACGGACGCAGGCCACCAUAACACGGUGCUCUCAGCCUCUGGUUGGGGUUAGUGGCAAGCGAAAUGCGGACGACGAAACCUAUCUCAGCUAUAUUAUGGAGGCCAACGCCCAAUCGGAUAAACUGACCAUCAUGGACGCACGUCCCAGCGCCAAUGCCAUCGCCAACAAAGCCAAGGGUGGCGGCUACGAAUCGGAGGAUGCUUACAAGAUUGUGGAAAUCAACUUUCUUGACAUACACAAUAUUCACGUAAUGCGCGAGAGUCUUCGCAAGGUGAAGGAGGCCUGUUUUCCCACCACGGAUGACUCAAAGUGGCAGACCGCCAUCGACAACACUCUUUGGCUGAAACACAUCCGUUGCAUCCUUGCUGGCGCCGUUCGAAUUGUUGACAAGGUUGAGACCCUAAGCACCUCGGUCGUGGUGCACUGCUCGGAUGGCUGGGAUCGCACAGCCCAGCUUACUGCCCUAUCCAUGUUGCUGCUCGAUCCCUACUACCGUACUGUACGUGGCUUUGAGGUUCUUAUCGAGAAAGAGUGGCUCUCCUUUGGCCACAAGUUCCAGCAGCGGGUAGGCCAUGGGGACAACAAACAUUCAGAUGCAGACCGCUCGCCAGUAUUCCUUCAGUUCAUAGACUGCGUGUGGCAGGUCAGUCAGCAGUACAGCAACGCCUUCGAAUUCAACGAACACUUCCUCAUAACAAUCGUGGAUCAUCUGUACUCAUGCCGGUUCGGCACGUUCCUUUGUAACACUGAAGCGGAACGGGUAGCCGAAGACCUAAAGCACAAAACCGUAUCUCUGUGGACGCACAUUAACUCCUCAUUGGAUCAGUAUUUAAACCCCCUGUUUCCAUCGUUUACCCAUGGACCGGAGCUUGUUCUGCGCCCCAAUGCCAGUGUGCGAACGCUGCGCUUGUGGAAGGGCCUGUAUUGCCGGUGGAACCCCGGCCUGAGUGCUCCCCAGCAUGGUUUUCUGCGCACACGAGAACUCCUUUCCAGGCAGGAUCAGCUCUUCAAGCAGGUUAACGAGCUGCGGCUGAAGAUAACCAAUCGCAGCAACAGCAUGCAGACGACAACUCGACUGGCCUCGCCCAUGCACUAAUAGUAUUCUUAAAAUUCCUUUCUUAACGUACGGAUAAAUAUAUUUUAUGUAACCUAGUAUCAAA